AUGGACAAAGGGGUUUCAAGCCGUGAAUAUGCCUUGGUUAAGGAAGCAUUGUGGCUGCGUACUCUUAAAUGGCACAAUGACUCCAAAACGUCAGAGGAAAAUGAGAGGUACUAUUGUGUUGCUGAGGGUCAAUCACAAGAAGUGUUUCCUUUGCAGAUAAGGCUUUCUUUUUCACCAGGAACAAAUUUAUUAUAUACUCUGAAUAUAUGGGAUGUAGGUGGUCAAAGAACUAUAAGAUCAUAUUGGAGGAACUAUUUUGAGCAAACAGAUGGUUUGGUUUGGGUUGUUGAUAGCUCAGAUCUUAGAAGAUUAGAUGAUUGCAAAAUGGAACUGGAUAAUCUUCUAAAGGAAGAGAGGUUAUCAGGAGCAUCCUUGUUAAUACUAGCAAACAAACAGGACAUAAAAGGUGCUCUUACACAAGCUGAAAUUGCUAAAAUAUUGAAGGUGCGGCAGAGGAUUCAAUCCCUUCAAGCUGGAAAAGCCAAGGCUUAG